GCCCCCUAGGUGUCUCACUUUCUCAGCGUUUGGACGGAGCGGAGCGCAUGCAGCGCCCGGCCCCGGCUGCCCGCCUGCCUGCCUGCCUGCUGCUGCUGCUGCUCGUCUGGCUGACUGGCUGCGUUGACGUCAGCACCGUGUUGAUUUGCUGAGGCGAGAGAAGAAAGGAGUUAGUGCGUGUUGAGAGAGCGGGUACUGCGAACUGCCUUACUAUGCUGUAGCCCCAACCCCCGUGCACUUCACGGAGUCAAAACGUGCAACUUAGGUUUUAACUUGUUUACAAAGACAGUCAAAAGCUCUCCUGAACGGGGGAAGGCGAGCCUCAUGAGUCAGCCUCGAGUAUUGCAUCGACAAAAUGGAUUUAAGUAAAAUGGGUGUGAUUCAGCUCCAGAACCCCAACCAUCCCACCGCCCUGCUGCAGAAGGCCAACCAGAUGCGCCUGGCCGGGACUCUUUGUGAUGUGAUCAUCAUGGUGGACAGCCAAGAGUUUCAUGCUCACCGGACUGUGCUAGCCUGCACCAGCAAAAUGUUUGAAAUCCUCUUCCACCGCAGCAGCCAGCAUUACACCCUGGACUUUCUUUCACCAAAGACUUUUCAGCAGAUUUUGGAGUAUGCUUACACUGCCACUCUCCAGGCCAAGGUGGAAGACUUGGAUGAUCUUCUGUAUGCAGCUGAGAUCCUGGAGAUCGAGUAUUUAGAAGAACAAUGCCUAAAGAUUCUGGAAACCAUCCAGUCCUCGGACGAGAACGACGUGGAGGUCAGCGCUAAUGAUGGCAGCACAGAGGAGGACGAGGAGCGCAAAGGCCAGAACGGAGCCAAAAUCUCCAAAAAACAUUCCAUGGAGAGCUCCUACCUGUCAGGUACCCAACAGGCUCUCAACAUGUCUGGCAUAGUCGACCAGAGUCCCUCCGUCUCCACUUCCUUCAACGUCUCCAACCUGAGUCCCACCAAAGCCGCUGUCGACAGCCUGAUGAGCAUCGGCCAGUCUCUGCUGCAGCAGGGCUUCACCGGGGAGCAGCUCAUCCACGCUAACUCCCACCACCUGAUGUCUGAGAUCAAGACCGAAAACAUGCAGGUGGACAUGGGUGGGAAUGGCCAUGAGAGCCCUCAGAACAUGGAGUCCAGCACCUCCAGCAAUGGAGAGCGAAGCGGCGAAGACAGGAAUCGAGACGGACCCGGAACCCCGACUAGGAGCAGCGUGAUCACCAGCGCCCGAGAACUGCACUACGUCCGUGACGACAGCAUGGGCGACCACCAGGCCGAAGUCAGUCAGAUGGGGCUGGAGGCGAUGGCGGGGAUGACGGAGAAACACCUGGCCUCACUGUACUCCUUACCCGUUAACCACAAAACAGACGCCAUGAUAUCCAUGCCGGUGUCCAUGGCCUCCGCUCUCCCUAUGUCUCCGGCCCUGGCUAUGUCUAUGGACUUCAGCACCUACGGGGGCCUCCUGCCGCAAAGCUUCAUCCAGAGAGAGUUCUUCAGCAAGCUCGGGGAGCUGGCAGUGGGCAUGAAACCGGACGGCAGGAACCAGCACGAACGAUGCAACGUUUGUGGCGCAGAGCUUCCGGAUAACGAAGCUGUGGAGCAGCACAGAAAGAUGCACAGUGGAAUGAAGACCUACAGCUGUGAGCUUUGUGGGAAGAGCUUUCUCGACAGUCUCCGUCUACGGAUGCACUUGCUCUCCCAUUCAGCUGGAGAGAAGGCCAUCGUUUGUGACCAGUGUGGCGCCCAGUUCCAGACCGAGGAAUCCCUGGAGGCUCACCGGCAGAUCCACACCGGCUCGGACAUGGCCAUCUUUUGCCUUCUUUGUGGGAAGCGUUUCCAGACCCAGACAGCACUGCAGCAGCACAUGGAAGUGCACGCCGGCGUUCGCAGCUACAUUUGCAGCGAAUGCAACCGUACUUUCCCCAGCCAUACUGCACUCAAACGCCACCUCCGCUCACACACAGCAGGGGACCACCCAUUCGAGUGUGAAUUCUGCGGUAGCUGCUUCCGAGACGAGAGUACACUGAAGGGCCACAAGCGCAUCCACACCGGGGAGAAGCCCUAUGAAUGUAACGGCUGUGGGAAGAAGUUCAGCCUCAAGCACCAGCUGGAAACCCACUACCGUGUGCACACAGGUGAGAAGCCAUUCGAGUGCAAGCUGUGCCACCAGCGAUCCAGGGACUACUCGGCCAUGAUCAAGCACCUGCGCACCCACAAUGGCGCCUCGCCCUACCAAUGCACCAUCUGCCUGGAGUACUGCCCCAGCCUGUCAGCCAUGCAGAAGCACAUGAAAGGUCACAAGCCUGAAGAUAUCCCUCCAGACUGGCGCAUAGAGAAGACAUAUCUCUACCUCUGCUACGUCUGAGACGGGAAUGGGGUGAAGCGAAUGCGGAGGGAGGGAGUGGAUGGGGGCAGAGAGGUAAGAGGAAUGUAACGGCGCGGGUAGGAGGUCUUGAAGAUUGAGGAAUGUCAACAAGAAGAUGCUUGAAAAAAAAAAAAAAGAGAGCGUUUAGUUUUGCGUUUGUUUUGUUUUUACGUGCAAAGGCGGCGACGAGGAGCUGUGCGUAGGGGCGGGGGGGCGGUGGGGCUAAAAAGACUUGGACGUGGAGAGAGUUCUCCAGCAUUGUUCGGAUUCACCGGGUCGUUCACUACAUCUGCAACUGUGCUAUUGUUUCAGGUCAUUUCCUGCAGCACCACAAAGCAAGUAGGCUGCAAAGAAGUGACUGUUUGGAUGCUGCUGCCACUUUGGUGAGAAGGCAGAUUCUCAAGGGCUAUCUGACCAUCCUCUUUUCUUUUUUUGUCACAUUGCUUUUGUGGUGCCAUGCUUUCCAAAUAUUGCAUUUGCUAUUUUCCAAGCUAUGUCUAGAUUUGAGUAUUUUAAUGAACAUUCUGUUUUAAGUUCUUGAACUGUUUCCGUUUCCUUUCUCCAAUGCCCAAAAAACCUGCAAGUUUAUGAGUCCAUUCCUGAAUUUCCACCAGAAGCAGUGGUGGCUCUGAGAUAGCCCCUGAGAAUCAGUGUGGGCCUCUGCAGGCUUAUGCAGUAGACGGGACAGCUGAACUGGACUAGUGGGAGUAUUAAGAUGCUGCAAACCAAGCAGGGAAGACGCCAGCGCUGCUUCUCCCUGGAGGUCCCCCCGGCUUCUUCAGCGGUCUUCCUGGGUCGGAGACGCUCCAGUCACCACUGGCCGCUCAAGGCCGACAACCGUCACUUUUAUAUCAUAUGUUAUUAUUAUUUUUUUUAGCUCUGCAUCAUAGUUUAUCAUGGCUUGAUUGCACAGGUAAAGCAAACUACGACAACAGUCUCUGUUUGAUGUCAGCAAGGUGUAUAAACCCCUCAACAAAAUAUAAUUUGCUAUCAUAAUAUCGCACAAGAAAACCCAGCUAUAUUCAGCAAUAGGUGUCUUGACUGCUUCUACCCAUUUAUCCCCGUGACUAUCAGUGUCUCACACUAACGAUACCCAACAUAAACUGACUCAUAGCAGAAAAGCUUCAGCUGCCGUAGAUCUGUCAGCUCACCACAGCGGAGGAAAACCAAUCAUGAGCGGGAGACGGCUUGUCGUCUGCGUGAAUCCUGUGACUUGGACGGUUUGCGGUAAACGUGCUGAGGAUGCCUUAGCUGCACAAUCCCAACGUUCGUCGGUUUUAAGGACUAAAUGGCAAGAGCCCUGAAUGUGAACGUCUGGAAAUGAGGAGCGUAUGAUGAGGCUGUAUGAAAGUACAGAUUGAUGCUUCGACGUCAGAAAGCGGAAAGUCCCCACCUUUGUUAUACGUUGCUUUAUUCAUUUUCCUGCCUGGGUAAAGCGAAGCAUCCUUAUCGUUUGAAAUGUGCACUCUACUCAGUCCUUCUGAGGAAAACAGCGCUGGAAAAGUGAAGAUGGGCACCUCCAACUUUCUGGCGUUUAAACCUGUUCCACACAAGUGAUUGUCAUGACGUCUUUUGGGGAUUUACAUAUCCAAAAGACAGGUGGUCACCGGUCGGAUGAGACGCAGCCAGGCAGAGGAAAUGAGCUCUUUCUGCGAUUUCCGUCUGUGCGCUUCGUCCCUCUCGUCUCUUAUUGUGGUUCUUCUUAUUGAUUUUGAGUUUGAGCUCAACACAUUGUACUUGAAUUAUCUCUCUCUCGCUCUCUCUGUGUUUUUUUGUUGGGUUUUGUGUGUGUGUGUGUGUGUGUGUGUGUGUGACCUCAUGUUCCUUGUGUAUUUUAUAAUUUCCCUUUUGUUUCAUGUGUACGUUUGGGCCGGUGCGUGUCGGAGGACGCAUCGCAGAAAAAAAUUAAAAAAUGUGAUGAGGCGGAACACGUUUGCAGAGAAAUUAAGUGCCACAGAGAAGAGAUUCAGUUUUCUUUUUUCAUUUUGUUUUCUGUGUUACCAAACUUGGUAUUAAGUCUGUUUGUUAAGGAGCCGGAUGGUUCGCUCAUUCGUUCUAAAAGCUACCUCUGAGUUGUUUUUAUGUUUGUUUUUUUGGGGGCAAAAAAGAAAAAGAAGAAAACUCACAUUCUUUUGUGUUUGUGUUUUUGCAAUAUUUGUCAAUGCUACAUCAUCUCAUGCUUUUUUUCUUUUUUUUUUAAGCUGAUUUAUGAUUGUGUUUUUAAGAAAAGUCUCUAUGAAACGGUAAAGCGGAGGUGGACGGGAUGAGGAAAGUCAUUCGAAUGGAUGUUUAUUCUUCUCUUACGUUCUCCCCCUGCGCCUCCGACGACGACAAAGAGCAGAGGGGGGGGGGGAAAAGAAAAGCUAACAAAAGCUAUUUUGAAGCCUUAAAGUGACAAGUAAGACGGAUGACUUCUGUUGCUUCUUGAGAGCGUUUGAAAACAAGAAUUUAAACUUGAACAUAUGUGAAUAGAGUUGUAGUUUUGUAAUGUGAAAUAAACAAAAAAAAAGAGCAAAGUGAACAGGUUGUUGGUGGAAAACGCUGCAGCGCACAGGGCAGGUCACAUUUGAUGCGGAGCGCAUUGGACAAUUUGGACGUGCAGGGCGUAAUCAAAAAAAAAAAAGAAAAGGAAAAAAGACCUACCAGAAGGUUAAAAAUAGAGCUUCUCCCUUUGAGAGAAGCAUGCGUGUGUUUCUGAACAAGAGCCAACAGAGGCAAUUUGAUAUAUAAAAAAAUGGUGAUAUUUUUGUAUUCAGUGUCGGUCCUUUUUUCCAUUUUUGUGGAGGGUUAAAGCAGGGCACAAAUAUUUGUAAUUUUUUUUUUUAAAGCGUUACUUUCCCCCUCCUUCUGGGUGUGAAUCAUUUUUGCCUGCUCCUCUUUGAUAUUGUUGGACAAAAACAAAAGGAAAAAAAAACAAAAAAAUUAUUUGUGUGAACACGUUGUAAUGAUAAGUGUUGCUUUCUGGAUGUCAGUUGCAUUGUCGGUGAAGGACUAAAUCUAUCCACCAGUUUUACAAAUGUGUGAAAAAGUGACGAUUAUUAAAAAGAAAGACACAAGACAAUACAAAAAGAAGAAAAAAAAACGGAGACGGCAGACAGGGGGCGCUGCCGAACCGACCAAUUAGCACUCGUCAUUCAGUUGUUUAUGUCAAUCAAACUUGACUGUGGACGUUUUUAUUUAGUUUAUUUCUUUGUACUUGAAAAAAAAAGAGAGAAAAGAAUAAGGGAUGGCAUGUCCCGUGGUGUCUUGCCAUUUUAUUCUCAAACACUGUGAGCUGAGGCCGGGGUGGUGGGUGGGGCUUCGGGUAAUAUCCACCCACUAUAAUAAUAAAUGAAAACCCAGUCACGGUUCAGUCUGAACGCCACAAUGCAAGCCUGUUCAGUCACAUUAUUCUUCUCAUCGUCCUCUGAAUGUUUUCUACUUGUUGAAAAAGUGUGUAACUGUGUGAGGGCGUGGGUGUGUGUGUGUGCGUAUUAGUGGGGAAAAUGCACUAAUCAGAUACAAAAUAAAAUGAUAUUCUAUGCCACUUUUUUCUGUUGGGGAAAAAAAGAAUAUAUAUAUAUAUAUAAAAAAAAUAUAUACAUAUACAUUGGCAUCGAUAUAGUUCUUCCCUCAGUGUUCCUCGGGUGUUUCUGUACUAUCUUUGUGCCUAAAAAUGGAAAUUGUUCGACAAAAAUAAUCCAUCUGUAUCUGCUUAUGUUCUGUAUUUCCAAAAGAAAAAUAAAAGUGUUGUCUCCAGCACCCUAGGGAUGUCAUGAAGCUCAAAUUAUGACUUCUUUUUUUUUUUUUUUUUUAGAGCCAAUUGUUGCAAUAAAACUUCUGGAUUCACUUCUUUAAGCUGUAUUCUGUUAUUGGCAUCCAGAAGCUCUUUUGUUUUCAGCAGCUGAUUUAGAGUAAAAUAUAUAUAUAUAUUAAAAAAAACAACAUUCUGAAUUAAUGCAAUUGUUUUUGUCUCAGCAGCCUUGCUGUUGGGGAUUUUUAGGAGAAAAUGAGUGGAAAACCUCCAUUCGUGCAGGUUGGCACUAGGCUUCUGUCUAUUAAAGUACUUUUUUUUAUUAUUAUUAUUAUUUGUUUGUUUAUCCCCCUUGUUCUACAAAAUGCAUUUAUCAGUCGGGGAUGUAAAAUUUGGUCCGAGAGGAAUCGUGGCAUCCCUGGAAGCUGGCACUCUGUGUUUUUGGUGUGGUGUUUUUCUAGAACAAAGUAGCCAUUUUCAUGCAGUGUUGCAGUGCAUGUGCCAUUGAGGUCUAGACUAAAACUGUUUGAGUAACAAAGCACCAAGACAUUGUAUUUUUUUAUAUUAGCACUGAGGACCAAUUGCCCCGUCGGACCAAGCGUGACGAAGCUUUUUUUUGUUGUUGUUGUUGUUGUUUUUUGUAUCGUAACAAAGCAUUUUUUCCCCCCCGUCUUGCCCUGGCUUUGUCUGUGCUACUUCUCUCCUCCAUUGUCGUUGCAGCACAAGUGCCAGUCGAGUUGCUCUGUAUUAAGAAAAUAGUGUUUCUAUUAUGAUUUGAAUUGUUUUAGUUUUUGUCUACCUCAGCACCUAAUCUUAGCCUAAUCUUAGAAGGUGCCCAAUUAUUGUUUUUUUAUUUUCUUUUUUUUUUUUUUGUCGUCGUCGUUGUUGUUGUUGUUCUCGUAUUGUUGUCACUUGUACAAAAAUAAAAUGGAAAAAAAAUGUUUUUGAAAUUUUGCAUUAGAGCUUUGCGAAGGUCCUUUGUCUUUUCCGGCGACAACGUGCUAUUUUUAUUUUCAUUUUUUCGGUUGGUUUCCGUUUUGUUUCCCGUGGCAGUACGUUUCCUGUUCAAGCCGUGGCACCAAUCUAUAGCCACCGUCUGUUGAUAUAGAGGUUGUUUCUUCCUGUUUCGUUUCUCUCCAUGUAGAUUCAGACACAUCUUUGUAACAUUUCAGUGUUCUCUGAUGGAGUGUUGGAAAAAAAAUUAAUAAAAAGGAAAAUGAAAAGAUUUAAAUGCUGCAGGUUCUCUUCUCCAUGUUAAUAAAUUCAAUGUUGUGCCUUUUGAUAGAAAAAAAAA